GCCAAGCCGCGCCGCGCGAGGUGUCCACGGAGUUGACGUUGCUUCUUCUCCCUCUUCGGCCGUCUCUCAUCCUCAUCAUCUACGAGGCAUCGCGUCCAGCCGCGCGCGCUUCUCGCCGGAUCUCGCUGCGACGGCUUUCGGAUGACGAAAUGGGAGCGUCGUGAGAGAGAGAGAGAGAGAUUUCUUCCUCGUCAUCAUCGUCCCGUCAACGGUUCGCCGGAGCGGUUCUCUCUCACCGGUCCCUCUCAGCAUAGCAUCCGCUCGGCCGUGUACGGCGAUCAGUCGGGGCCAAGGACGCCCUCGUAAACACGACGCAGUCAGGAGUUGCAGAGGCGAGGUGAAGCGAGACGUUGAACGGGGAAACGUCGGCGGCUGACUCACCCAGCUCGAGCAUGGCGAGCUUGGCGAGCAGCUCGUCGUCGGGCCUGACCCGAGCCCCGACGAUGUUGGAGCAGCUACUCGAGGAGAUCAAUUUCCAGAGGACGAAGGAGCUCAGGCAGAUGCUGAAGGAUGACUCCGGAUUCGUCGUGCUUCAAGGCACCACGUACUGGACGGACCUGUUCGUCCGGCACUUCCUCUUUCAAGCGGAGCACACCAUCGACGGCGACGACCUGCUCUUCUUCGUGCGCAAGAAGCACGUGAAGACAUCGUCGAGGUACCUGCCGAAAUUCGAGACCGAAGUCGACGUGUUUCGCAAGGACAGCAAGAAACUGCCGAUCGGCGAUCCAGACAUCGACUGGGAGGAAACCGUGUACCUGAAUCUCGUCGUGCAUCAGUUCGACUACACGCUCACCCUGGCGAUUUGCACGAGGACGAGUCCCAAGGAAUUGCAAGUACUGCGAAGGCAUUCACAGAAAGUAUACGCCAGCCCGAGUCGACGGCGUAUGGAUGCGAAGGGUGACCUUGAGGAAAUGACCUACCCGCACAUAUGUUUCAUGGUGGACAACUUCGACGAGGUUUUCUGUGAUAUUCUAGUCAGGGAUGGGGAGAUGGUGUGCGUGGAGCUAGUCGCUUCGGACAGGGAGGGCGCGGUCCAAGGUGUCAUAUUCCUCGGUUCGAUCAGAUAUGACGCUCUGAAGAAGGUAUACGACGCUAGGUCGAGUCUCAGCACCAAAAUGGCGCAACGGAUGACGUUCGGCCUUUUCUCCGGCGCGGCUUCGCAGCGAAUAGAGUUCGUGCGAAUGAAGGGACCACGUGGCAAGGGGCACGCGGAGAUGGCGGUGACGAAGCCGAAGGGUUCGGGCGCGGAGACGCCGACGUCGGAGCCGGGCUACUGCGCGACCGACGCUCUCUGGGACGCCGACUGGGACGACGCCGAGGAGCUGUUCAUGUAUCGCCAUCAGCGUAGGCUGUCCGAUCCCAGCGCGAACCUCAACAACUUCGUGCGCGGCGGCUGGAGAACGAAGCCGGACACGGUGGCCACCAAGGCCAGGUCGGAGAACGAGGGCCUCGACUCCAUGGCGAACGGUCUCAGCGAGAUCGAGGCCGGCGACGUGCGAGACGCCGAUGUACAGGAUAGCAGCUGGGGCGGCCGGGGCUCACCGGGAACUCGUAGGAGUCCCUGCUCGCUUCGUCGACGAAGAUCGCCUCAGUUGUCGGGCCGACGGCAACAACAACAACAACAACAACAUCAAGUACAACAACAACAACAACAACAACAGCCCGUCCACAAGCAACGUAAUGCCCGGGAACGACCCGGGAAUGAGAAUUCGCCGAUUCGCAAGGAGAUCUAUCGCGAGACACACGGUUUCCACAACCAGCACAAUCAGCAGAACCACCAGCACCACCACAUAGAAGUGGGCAGCGAGAUCUUAGUGCCGGCCGGCGGCUGCCUGACGGACGACAACGUCCGGCAGAAGCUAGACUCGGGCGCCAUAUUGGUGCACGGUAAGGAGGAACUGCCGCUGGGCUACGACGUGGCGGAGGACAAUAACCGGAAGCGACGGCCGUACAGCGCCGGCCACCUGCUGCUCAACCACGAGCAGCACCGGCUGAACGGCCUGGAGAACGACGAGGAGGAGCGCCGCCGGCUCAGCGACGAUGAGCUCCUCAGGGUGAGACGGGCGGACGGACGGCGCCGGCUGCGAUCCGCCGGAUCCGAUCACGAGGACUACACCACCGCGAGCAACGGUCUGAACAAGAACGACGAGCCGAUCAGAGACAGAAACGCGAACGCCCGCGUGACGCGCGCCAAUAGCGACGCGGCGGCGCGCAGGCAGAGCGCCACGUUGCCCCGAAGACGACGCAGAAGGGCGCUGUCCGGCAGCUUCGCCGGCAACCCGUUGCCCCCGCACCGGGUCACGCCCGACGGCACCGCGAUCUACUACUGGUGCGAGCUCCCGCGCCGCCCCGGCUCACAGGAACUGGACGACGGUGCGUACAACCCGCUUUGGACGAUGCGCGGCUUCACCCAGACUUUCCACUUCUGGAAGGAAACGAAGCGGGCGCAGUCGGUGCCUCUGAACGCCUUCCUGACGUACAUCACGUUACCCUGGUGGAGCAUAGCCAAAGACAUUCUGGAUCACCGGGAAGGACCUAUCUUGACGUUCUAGCCGACAACAUAAUGUAUUCCAUCCUCUGAUUUCGACAUUCUCCUGUCCUUUUUCUAUUUUACUUCGUACGUAUGUCGAUGAGAUUGUGGCCCAAGGAAUAAUGAUGUAUAGAUUAAGUAAUAAAACGAAUAUUAUUUACAAGAUACAA